GGAGCAGCUUUGCUUUGCAUUUGACCCCCGUCAUUGCUGUAGUAGCCGGCUCUCCCGCAGAGCUGCUCCGGCCCGCUUGAGGCUUCCUCAGGUGGCGCAACCCGCGGGGUGCGGCUCCGGGCCGAGGCAGGGGAGCGCGGCGGGGCCACCAUGCCUGCCACCUUCUCCGGGCGCUGCCUGGUGCGCCUGCUGCUGCUGCUGCUCUGCACCAGCCUCUCGGGCGGGAACCCUGCAGAUCCAGCUAUGACAGCACAAGAUUCCAAUCAGACUCAGGUGAAUUCUGUGACUAAGGUGUCCGUGACUGGACAUGAAUCAUCUGGUGCUGCCACACAAGAGCUCAAGCCAGGAAACAAGCAGAGCAUUGAUCUCUCAGAGUAUGUGAUAGUCCUACCUGGUGUGUCUGAAAAAAAUAUCUCUGUGGCCAGUCCAACUCAAGUUGAUCUUACAUGCAAAUUAGAUGAGAAUUCCAAUUUGAAAAAUCCUGAAGUGACAUGGAAAAAGGGAAGUGAAACAAUCAGUCACACCAGUAAAACUCAGAACAGCUGGACCAUCCAAGUGACCAUCUCAGAAAGGAGCCACCUGGGAAGUUACACUUGUUUUCUGAAGGCUGAAAAAGAAAUCAGUGCUACAUUUCAUUUGCAUGUACCACCCAUUGAAGGAAGAGAAAAACCCAUAAUCACUUAUAUAGGAGAUACAGGUGUAAUGGUUUGUAACACUGAGUACCAUGCCAAGGGUUGGAACUGGUAUAAGACCAAUGGAACCGAGCUGGCUUCCAUUGAUAAGCUUUUGCCUGCGGACAAGUAUGAAAUUCUGAGCACAUCUGGCAGUACAAGCCGUUUGGAGAUACACAGGCUUACCAGGGCAGAUUCUGGUGUAUAUUGGUGUGAAGCUGCUUUUGAAUUAGGGCCCAGUAAAGCGAAGUUUAAAUUUGAAGUUCUGUCCAUCGCAGAACCUCUCAAACCCUUUAUAGCAGUUGUGGCUGAAGUUGCUAUUCUUGUAACUACUAUUGGCCUCUAUGAGGUGUAUUCAAAAAGGAAAGCAAAAGGAGGUGGAAAAGAGUUUGACCAAAUUGAGCAACUUAAAUCAGGAGACAACGUAACUGAGAAAGCCAAGUAGUUCUAUGCAGAGCGUGAAGGUUCCUUUUAAAGGAGAUUUAAGCCAAUAGAAGUGGAAAUCAUCAUCAAGCUACAGAAGAUGUAUGCAGCUACUUAAACAUUCACUAUAUUUUGAAGUAAAAUUCUCUACAUUUGCGAAACAAGGUGUUUUUAAAAUAGCUCUGAAACUACUCAUUUUAUACCAAUGAUAAUAUCAUAUAUUGUAUUUAGAUGUUUAUCUGUAACAUUUUAUUACUAGCAGGGUGUUUUUUAUGUGAUUAGGCUUGCUGUUGGUUUAUGAUUGAUCUGUUUGAUUUUUAUCUCCCAAGUUGGAGCUAGUCUUGUAUUCACUGAAAAAAUGGUUAAUAUAGAGUGGGCAUAUUAUCUGACUGUUAGAAAACUGGAUGAUAUGUACAAUCAAAAAAGUAUUUCCACUCAAGAAAAUGCCUUUUACUAGCUGAUGAAGCAAAUGUGAUGCAGCUGCUUUUACCAAAGAAAUGGUGAAAGGGGAAUCUUUAUCAGGACUAAAAUGAAACAUUGAGAGAGUUGCAGUUUACUCUGAAUAGUAAAAUGUCUUCAUUCUAACUUAUCUUAGCUUCAUUCUUAGUUCUUCUAUAUUGUAGUCCUCAAUAGGCUAAACAUUUAGAUACCAUACAGCUCAGAUAUUUCAGUUGAUGAAAGAAGUAUUGGGGAUACAGUACCUUCUCAGAUUAAAACUGCAAUAAUUCCUUAUGCUUGAAAAACUUACUGCACUCUCUGGACCUGCAAAAUCAGUUUGGUUAUUAUAAUUUAUAUGGAGUGCUGAAUUUUCAGGAAUAUACCUAUAUAAGCUUCCGAUCAUACACUGUCUAGUUGGUACUUCUGCUUCUUUCAGCAAGCUGUUGUUUCUUAUACUCCUUGCAAAGCACAGAGUGGGUCAUGAGCAGCUAAUAUUUUCAGGAUAAUGGGAUGAAGCAGCAUGAAUACAUACCACUACUACUCUUACACAAAAAAUUUAACACUGCUGUUAAUGACUUACAGUCUAUCACUUUAGAAGAGUGUGUUGCCAUAAUACUGUUUAGUAACAUUAUGCAUUCAGCAAUUGAAAAUGUUUAUCUAAUAAGAGGACAGUUGGUUGCAUCAGUUGACUUUGCUUGACAUAAUUAAAGCUUCAAUUUUGAGAGGAAGAAGUCUUCAGAAAAAUAUAUUUUCUCCAUAAAAAUGUUAGGAAAAAGGA